AGUUUGGGGUUCGGUGGUGACUGGACUGUUGCACUACCUGCGGUUGUGUGAAUAACACAUAACAAAACACUUACAUUAACAUUAACAUUAAAAACAUUAACAUGUGGCAAUGCCAUCGCUUAUUCUCUUGAAUCGAGGAAAGCAGCAAUCCUUGCUUGCUUGCUUCCUUCCAGUUUUCUGACCAAACUGUCUCCAUUCAUUCACUCAUUCAUUCAUUCAUCCAAAUCAAAAUGCUCACUCGCUUUCUCUAAUCUUUCCCAUUCUUUCUACAGAUCAACCCCAUUUUCUCUCUCUCUCUUUCUCUUCCUUCAGCCUGUGACUCUUCUUCUUCUUCUUCUUCUUCUUCUUCUUCUUCUGCUCCUCCUAUGUCACCUAUCAAAGUUGCUGCUUUUCUAUGCAAGCCACUUAAAGCUAAAAGCUUUCUUUGACUAGCUCUCUAUUCUUGCUCCUUAUUAGGUGGGUUUGCUUGCUUUUCCAUCACAAACUUCAGGUGUUCUCUUCUAGCUAGGCUUGCAGUGUUGCCACCAUGAUAAAGCAAAUUCUUAGCAAAUUACCGAAGAAGGUUCCGAAAUCUGAUUCGUCAGACUCAGGGAGGAGUGAAUCCGGGAAUACUACUACUUUUGGGAAUGUCUUUCAAUGCACAAAUGUUGGAAGUACCAUUUCAAGCAAAUUAAAUGUUGUGAAGCGGGUGUCUUCGGUUGUUUUCCCUGCGAGCAUGAAUACUGGAGUGGAGGCAAUUGACCCUUCUCUAUCCUUCAAAGACGUUUCGAAUACACAGAAGCAAAGCCUGUUUAUUAGUAAGUUGAACCUUUGCUGCAAAGUGUAUGAUAUGACUGAUCCUGAUAAGAACUGCACCGAGCAAGAUCAAAAGCGUCAAACCUUGUUAGAGCUAGCUGAUUUUGUAUCUUCUGGAUCUGUGAAGUUUACAGAACCAUCAAUUGCUGCACUGUGUAAAAUGUGUGCAGCUAAUUUGUUCAGGGUUUUUCCACCCAAGUUUCGUACAAGUACUACCGGUGGCGAAACAGAAGAUGACGAGCCUAUGUUUGAUCCUGCUUGGUCUCACCUGCAAAUAGUUUAUGAUCUACUCCUUCAGUUCAUCAAUUAUAACUCACUUGAUGUGAAGGUGGCAAAGGCACAUGUAGAUCAUGCCUUUAUUUUAAGACUACUUGACCUUUUUGAUUCCGAGGAUCCCAGAGAAAGAGACUGCUUGAAAACAAUUCUGCAUAGAAUCUAUGGGAAAUUCAUGCUCCACAGGUCUUUCAUCCGGAAGUCGGUCAGCAAUAUCUUCUACCGAUUUGUUUUUGAGACCGAACGGCAUAAUGGAAUUGCCGAGCUGUUGGAGAUUUUUGGGAGUGUGAUCAGUGGUUUCGCCCUGCCAUUGAAGGAAGAGCACAAGUUAUUUUUGUGGAGGGCUCUACUUCCUUUGCACAAACCGAAAUCCAUUGGUAUUUAUCAUCAGCAGUUAACAUAUUGCAUUGUACAGUUCAUAGAUAAGGAUCAAAGACUUGCUAGCUCUGUGAUAAAGGGACUUUUGAAGUACUGGCCAGUAACAAAUAGCCAAAAGGAGCUAAUGUUCAUAAGUGAGUUGGAAGAAGUUUUGGAAAUGACUAGCAUGCCUGAAUUUCAGAAGAUUAUGGUUCCGCUUUUCCGACGGUUAGGUUGCUGCCUUAAUAGUUCUCAUUACCAGGUGGCCGAACGAGCACAUCUGCUAUGGAACAAUGAGCACAUCCUAAAUCUCAUCACACAGAACCGGCAGGUGAUCCUGCCGCUCGUCUUCUCGGCGCUUGUACAUAACUCUCAAAGCCACUGGAACCAAGCGGUACUCAACUUAACUCAGAACAUCAGGAAGAUGCUGUCUCAGAUGGACGAAGACCUCGUACUCGCCUGCCAGCGCAAGUUUGAGGAGGACGACGCGAGGUCAAGUGCCGUGGCCGAGAGGCGAAGAAUAACAUGGGAGCGCCUAGAGGAAGCAGCUGCCGGCAUCCAAUCCAUAGGAGGCGGCGGCGGCAGCGGUGGUGGUGACAUUUUGGUUCCAGUAAAAUCAGCUUCAACUGCAUGCUCUGUGGCCUGCUGAUAAGAGUCAUGAACCAUAAUAUGAGAUAUUAUGUUAAGGUUCCUAAUAUUACAUAGUGGUGUGGUUC